UCCCUUCCCCAAUCGCAAUCCCUAAAUAUUUCCCCCUUUUUUCACUUUUUUCACUAUUCGAAUGAAAUCAUUGGUAAUUAGAUCGCCGUUUCUUGCUGAAUUCGCCCUUCUUUCUUAACCCGCCAUGCUCAUGGAAGGAUUGUGUGAUUCUUCUCUCAAUUUCUCAAUUUACGCGUUCUAAUCCACCCCAAUAUAUAUACACCACCCAUUCCAUCCAAAAGAAUUGACCCUUCAAUCCUCCCUUACUCUUUUCGCUGACGACCGAUAUCCGGUUUUGUGUUUUUGAUGCGUGAAUUUGAGUGAUUGGGGAAAUCAGAGUUUUUUUCGAUUUAAUUUGUGCAUUUCUAGCAGUUCUAGAAUUUCUGUGAGAUUGAAUUUGUGAUGAUGAGAACUUCUUGAUUUUUCGUAUGUUCUGAUGGUUCUCUGAGGUGUAUGCAAAAGUUGAAGAUUCUGUAUAUUGUUGUAUUUGUCAGAUUAGGGUAUUGUCAUAUGUGAUUUUUGUUGAAUUGAAUUGGCCUUCUGUAUAUGAAUCCCAGCUUAUUUUUGCUUGCUUGAUAUUGCAAAAUUUCUUUUCCAGAUUAUGUUUUAGAAUUUGAAUCUUUUUACAUGUAAUAGAUAAUCUAAGAGAUGCCAACUGCAGAUUGUCAAGAAUCAUCUUCAUCCCCUAACACUUCCACAGCUAGAUUUUCGAUUCUGAGCCGCCGUCAGGUCCAUUCCAUGGAAUCCACAGGUCAAGAAACCGAAUUGGAUGCCUUCCAGCGGCAAGUAGCCGAGCGGUUCCAAGAUUUGGCGACUGCCGGCUCCGAUGAGCUCCUCUCAAUCCCAUGGGUUCGGAAGCUGCUAGAAACCUUCCUCUUUUGCCAAGAGGAAUUCAGAGUGAUAGUUUUCAACCAUAGGAGCAAUUUGAGCAGCCCUCCAAUGGAUCGUCACAUUGGGGAUUUCUUUGAGAGGAGUGUCAAAGCUUUGGAUGUUUGCAAUGCUAUCCGUGAUGGGAUCGAGCAGAUCAGGCUGUGGCAGAAGCAGCUGGAUAUUGUUCUAUGUGCAUUGGACAAUCAAAAGAGCAUUGGAGAAGGCCAUUUUCGCCGCGCUAAGAAGGCCUUGAUCGACUUAUCCAUUGCAAUGCUCGAUGAGAAGGAAUCUAGCUCGUCUCCUGCGCAUAGAAACCGGUCUUUUGGGCGACAGAGAGAGCAGAGAUCAUCCUUUACCCAGUUUAGGUCCCUGUCUUGGAGUGUUUCGAGGUCGUGGUCCGCUUCGAAGCAGUUGCAAGCAAUCAGCAGUAACUUAACUGCACCAAGGGCAAACGAGACUGCCUCAACCAAUGGACUCAAUGUAGCCGUGUUCACGAUGACUUAUGUGCUGUUAUUCGUAAUAUGGGCUCUUGUGGCUGCGAUUCCUUGUCAGGACCGCGGCCUACAGACGCAUUUUUUGGUGACUAAACAGUUUCUAUGGGCUGCUCCUAUUCUUUCACUCCAUGAAAGGAUUCUGGACAAGUCGAAGAAACGGGAAAGGAGGAAUAGUUGUGGGCUGUUGAAGGAGAUUCUUGAUAUUGAGAAAUGCAAUCAGCACAUGACUGAACUGAUCGAUUCCGUCCAAUUCCCAUUGUCAGAUGAAAAGGAGAGGGAGGCGAAGCAGAGGAUUCAAGAAGUUCGGACGGUGUAUGAAGCCGUAAAGGAUGGAUUGGAUCCAUUGGAGCUUCUGGUUCGAGACGUGUUCCAUAGGAUCCUACGAAGCAGGACCGAAGGUCUUAACUCCAUCGGGCAGAACCGAUGAUCGUGCAUUCAAUGAAAAAACUGUAGAUACAUGAUCGUGCAAUCAAGAAAUGUCUACAGGGAGGAAUUCAAAGACCAGAAAAGCAGGAAUCUUGUGAGGCCAUAAAUGCAUCAAUGGUGAGAUUUUAAUCUGUCUGUAUUGUGUUCAGCAAAAUUGGGCCAAAAUUGGGGUUUUUUGGGAGGAGGGCCUGGAAGCCAUUGUUGAAACUUGAAAGUGAUCCAUGUGAAGAAUUAAAAGAAAAGAGUAAUUAACUAAAGCUUUUGCCAAAACUGAAAAGCAAAAGAACAAAAGAGAGUGGCAGCAAUGAUUUCUAAA